UAGCAUGGCAGAAAAGAAAGAUCGUCUACCCGACGAUGCUUCUGAAUAUUGGCUUUUCCCCUUGGUUGACACAUCUUUAUGUCAAGAGACAAAGCGAAAAAUUCUACUUGAAUAUAUUGACACUUAUCUUGCUUUUGUUAGUUCAACAAUUGUCGACCACAUUUGGCAAAAAGAGCAGUUUAAUUUGACUGCUGUGACUGAAAAAGAUAAUUUACCACCUCACCUGUAUGGAAAAACCUGUUACGGUGAUAAUGUUGAGGAUGAAUGGCUUAUUGUUUACCUAUUAUUCACAUUAACCAAACAAUUUGAUGGCUUAGUUGCAAAAAUUAAGGAUAGUGAUGAAGAGUUUAUGCUGAUAGAGGCUGCUGACAAUCUCCCAAAAUGGCUGGAACCUGAUACUGCUGAAAAUAGAGUUUAUAUUUUUCAAGGAAACCUGCACAUUAUUCCUUUUCCUCAAUCACCUGCACAGAUAACCACCCUCCCUAGUGGUGUACCUGAAAUACAGUAUGCAGUGAAAUGUGUCAGAAACUAUAACACUGCCACACUGGCUAGCACAGAGAUAAAUAAUGCUGUCAAACAAAGGUUUGAUGGAUUAUCUGAUAGAGUGAAGAAAGAAGUCCAUUAUGCCCACUGUUACAUCCCAGCCAAUCUUGCUGUUGUUUUAGAUACAAAACCAUCAUUGAUAGCUGCAGGGGUUAAUGCAUUCUACUACAGAGAUCCAAUAGACUUGAAGGCAUGUAGAACAAUGAGAUAUUUUAGACCAGGAACCAGAGUGGUAUCUAGGGUAAAAUUCACAAGAUGUUUGUAUGCUCAGCUGGUACAACAAGAAUUUCAACCUGACAAGCGCAGUGGAUUUCAGAUGCCCAGCACAUCCAACCCUAAAUAUUUGUCACAUGAUCUAGGAAUGAAAUUGGCUCAUGGCUUCGAGAUUUUAUGUGCAAAGUGUUCUGAGAGACCAGAUCAAAAUUCCAAUGGUCACAACUCAUCAGUAGAUGAUGUUAGAUGGGAACGAUACCUCAAAUCUCUGAUCAAACAUGGCUACUUCAAGAAUGAGUUAGAGGGAUCUAUAUUAUAUAAACAGUUGUUAGAAAAGGCCAGACAAUUCUUCUUGGAACAGAUAGAGUCGACAAAUAGAAGUGACGAUACCAGCUGCCAAGGAGAAGAAGUAUUAGAUAUCUUAGAUAGGAUAACAGUAGAUAUAGAACAACUGAGAGAUGCUGAGACAGAUCUCAAACCUCCUGAUGAUGAUAACUGGUUACAGAUAAGUCCAGAAGAGCUUGAUAAGUUAAUGUUCAAAUCAUCUGGUCUAGAUCCAACUAACAUGGCUAAAACAGGAGAUAUUUCAGAUUUAAACAAAAUGGGUGAUGGAAUGAAAUCUUUUGUCAACAAAGUAUCUGGUGUAGAGGGAGCUGAAUUCCCAGGAGAGGAUGAUGAUAUACAGUUUGAUGGUACUGGGUUUAUUACACAGAUGCAGAAAAUGUUUGAGUUUAAUGACAAUGAUGAUGCCUCAAGUUCUGACAUGAGUGAGUAUGGAUGGGAGGAAUCUGAUGAAGAUGUUGAUGAUCGGCCACCUGUGUCUAAAUCAGGGAAGAAAGGAAAGGGACCAGUACAACCUACAGUUAAGGAUUAUAUGAACAUGAUGGACAGGGAACUAGCCACAACAGAUGUGGGUAAAAGUUUUGAAAGAGUAGGUGGAGAAGAAAACACGGCUUCAAAACCAAAGGUAAAUGGUAAUGGUAAAAAAAGCAAGAAGAGUAUUGAGGAGGAAGAUGAUGGCUUCAAACCUGUUGACAUUGAUAUGACUGUUGUCAAAAAUAUGUUACAAUCUCUAGAGUCCCAACAAGGACUGGCUGGUCCAGCCUCAAAUAUACUAGGGUCCAUGGGAAUCAAAGCUCCAGCACCAAUGGCUGAGGAAGAUGAUGACUCAAUUGUUCCUCCUAAAAGUUCAAAAUCCAGAGAAAAGAAGAAAUCUGGUCCUAAAAUUCCUCCUCGGCCAAAACCUACUGAUCUUCCCGUAGCACCCCCACGACAUCAUCGAUCACCUAAAAAGUCAGCUGACUCUAAACCUCCUUUGCUUGUUAGACAAGAAUCUAAUGUUUAACUUUUUUACAAUUACUACAUUUGUACUAUGGUUGUUAUAAUUCAGAGAUUUUAUUAUGAUUGCAUAAUACAUAUUAUAGUUAUACUCUGAUUCAAAUAAUUUCUUUAAAAUGCCAUUUCAUUUUAAAUUUACCUCUACCUAUAAUCAAAAGUUUAGAUUAAACUUUGUGUUGUAGUAAUAAUAUUACCUCUAAAUAAAUUACCAUCUAAACUCUUAUACAUUCUAAUCUCUGUAAUUUUAUCACUUAUAAAGAAUAGCUUUGAUAUUUAACUUGUGUUACUGGCAAACAUCGUGUUAUUUAAUUGGAGAAGUACCAAAGGUGGACUGUCGCCUCUAGUUGUUUCCUAUGCAAUGAGUUAUGAACCAUUCAACCAAUCUUUUUAAAUAUAAUAUACUUAAUGUUAUGCUGCUGGCAAAUAUUAUGUUCAAUAUUGACUUUUUUCACAAUUACAA